GUGCCGGCCUUCUUAACGACGACGCUGCCUCAAAUUAGCAACACACUUUUGGCCCUUGAUAUUUCUGCAAAUUUCCUCGUCUCUCUGUCACCUGCUUUGGCUACAUGUGCCUCGCUCGAGGAGCUCAAUAUCUCCGCGAACCCGCUCCGAGUGCUUCCCGAAUUCCUCGGUCAGCUUACGUCGCUCCGACUGCUACUUGCGGAUUCCACGAGCAUAUCCUCGAUACCGGCGCCCCUUUCGGCGCUCGAAAAGUUACAUACUUUAAGUAUCAGGCGCAACAAAAUGCACGCUCUCCCCAGUUGGUUGUGCACCCUGCCGUGUUUGGAAAGUCUCCUGGUUGAUGGUAACCCAUUUCAAGGACCUUGGAAUGCCUUGGUCGAGCCCCUUUUAGCAAAAACACCGACGACACCCGCAUAUCCCCCUUCAACGCCCAUGAUUUCACAGCUUUCGGCUGUGUCUACUUCAACAUCGAACACAACCACGGUUGAAACAAGUGACGUAUCGGACACGGAGGACUAUACAGACCAAGACGAUUCCAACCCUACCGGUCCUUCUUCUGCACUAACGUCCUCCUCCCCUGCCCUGCCAGCGUCCGGUGAAGAAAAUCUAGAAGACGAUACCAUUACUCCCGCGCACGCGCGUCUUCUAGAACGGUCCGCGACAUCGCCAUCCCCACAUAGCCCAUCAUUCGCGCCACCACAUACACGUCCACUCUCGCGCAAUCGCACUGCACCCAAUCGCACAUAUUACGAGCGCGUCAGACAGUCCCGUUCGGAAUUGGAGGACGAGACAGCCCUUGGCUCGCUGGGCAACAUGCCGCAGAGAGACCUGCGUCGUAUGCGCAGUGCUGAUGAGCUGCGGCGCGCAAUGUCGCCUGUCGGUGGCGCGCCAACGAGUGCUCCCUUGUUGUCGCCGCCCGCGUCUCCUCCGCGGCCCGCGCUGCAUCAUUACGCCACAACAUCCGGGACGGCGUCCGGUUUUGGUGAGAACGUGGAUGGUAUUUCGCAGCAGAGGCGCUUCGCGAGCCUUAAUGUGCACGCGCGGUCGACAUCACGCGCAUCCAUGCGGCCCCUUGUGCAGAACUUAUUUGGUGAAUCGGCCCGUGAGGACGAUGAGGACGCGGAUGUAGAGGGUCCGCCGCGUACUACGUCACGUGCUCGUGCUGCAACAUCAAUUAGCGUGUCUCGUGGAGGUCGCGACGAGGAUUAUGAGCGGUCGAUACAUCAAGUGCUCGGGAAGUCGCGGAAGGAGAAGGAUAAGUCUAGCAAGAAGUGGGGAUUCCUGAAGAAAAUGUCGAUGGGCAAGCUCAGGUCGAUGCCGGCAGCCGCUUCUGCUUCUGCGACACCGCGCCAGCUUACUCCACCGCAAGUUGAAGUCGCUCUAAGUCCAUCAGAGCCAAAUAACGCUUCUCCGGGUAUCGCGUCGCCGCCACCGUCUUCGUUCGUGACAACUAAUUUAUCGCGCAAUACAUCUACGGACAGGCUUAAACUCGCGUCGCCUUCGACGCCUUCGUCUGCCAGUCUUCUCGUUCCCCCUUCCCCUAUGGCAAAGUCUUCGAAGCGUCGAAGCUUCCUCCCUGUCGACGGACCGCCAGCACUUAACAUCCCGAUACCAAGCACUAGCUCAUUCCUAGGCGGGAUAACGGCUACAAACGGUUCCGAGGAUCAAGACGACGCGUCGAGAUUACAAAGCCCAUCUCCGGCUGUUGAAAGUCCAUUAGAAAUGCCAAACCGGGAGGAAGAACGGAACCGAGAGGCCAACGCACGGGCGCUGAGAUCCGUGAUGGCUUACUUAAGGGAUAUGAAUGAUCUCACGCUGCUCAGUCAGGGCAACACUCUUAGCAUGUACGGCGGCGGACCAGCUUCUCUGAUGGACCGCUCACGCAGGCCCACGCUCGCUGACAGCCAGCGUAUGGCCUCGGAAGCAUCUAUGGACUCAAUUGACACAGCAUCGUCUAUACCUACGACAGCCUCAAGCCAUUUACGCUCAUUGGACUCGCUGAGCGCGAACAGAAGUGGGUCUCUGAACACGAUGAGCGUUGCUACAUCAGAUAGCGGUGGGUCUGGCGGGGAGGAGCGGAAGAGCAAGGAUGACCGCGGAAAGCGGAUAAUGAUUGUUCGCGAAAUUGUAGAAACCGAGCGUACAUACGUGAAAAACUUGCAAGAUCUUGUGGACAUCUAUGUCCGGCCCGCUGCAGCGCCCGUCAACUCGAUUGGAAAUGUUGCCUCAUCGAGCAAGGAGACUGUUGUGCCUGCGUCAGAACGCAAAAUCGUUUUUGGUGGUUUGGAGGCGCUCUUCACGUUCCACAAGGAGAGCUUCUUCCCUGCACUGGAAGCUGCCGCUGCACCAUUGCUCACUGCUAAAGGCGCGGCUGCCGAUGCGGACAGUGACGGCAAGUUAUCAUUAGAGGUUGCAAUGUCCGUCGGGCGCACUUUCGUCGCACAUGCGGCGUUCAUGAAGAUGUAUUCAUCAUACAUCAACAACUUCGAAAAUUCUGUUGCAAGGAUCCGUCAAUGGGUUUCAGAUCGUUCAGGCACGGGAAGCACUCCAGCCUCUCUUACGCCUUCAUCGAGCACCGUACAGCUCGCAAAUGUUGGGUUAGCAAUGUCGGCUAUGGCUCCAAAUUCAGGCGUACACGACACGGCGUCGGGAAAGUCUCAACAACUGACAUCAAGUCAACGGAAACGCAUCAAGCAUUACUUGAAGCGAUGUCGGAUGAAUCCCAGGCAUUCACAGCUGAACCUUGAGGGCUACCUUCUGCUCCCUGUACAACGAAUACCUAGAUACCGCCUUCUGCUGGAAGAUCUUACUAGAUGCACCCCGCCUCCAGAGACAUACGACGAUCCCCUUGAUCGGGCCCUAACCGAGAUCUCCUCUCUAGCGACGAACAUGAAUGAAGGGAAGCGGGAGGCCGAAUCUCGGAGGAAAUUGGUAAUGUGGCAAUCUAGGAUACGCGGUAAAUUCCCUAGUCCGCUUGUUCAGCCUCAUCGACGGUUAAUCAUGGAUGGGAAACUCCUUUUAACCCGGAUUGUUCGAAAACAAACAAUGGCGUUCGAGGUGCUUGACUCUCACGGCGAUGCUUCGAGUGUCGCGGUUGAUUGUUUGGCACCUGAAUUGACUCCGCGUCCCCUUUAUGGUAUCCUGUGUAACGACUUAUUUGUGCUCUGCCGUGAUCCUUCGAAUGGGCAGGAUCCCAACGCCGCGGUUGAUUUGUGGGCUGUGCUUCGAAUGCAGACGAUGCCACAGCCGACCUCCAUAGUACACGGCAACACUCUGCGAAUUGUUGACACCAAAGCGAUUCUAUACUUGGAGGCGCCAUCUACGUCGGAAGCUUUGACAUGGUUCAGAGGUAAGCAACCCCUUUCAUUUGAUUGA